AUGAAAUCUCUCCUCCUUCGCAACAUCCGCGAGAAAGUUUCGUCAUCAUCCGCUGUAAAGCUCAAGCAUUCCUUGGCCGUCAUCGACCCUCCAUCGCUCAUCGAUGGAGAACCCGAACCAGCUAUCGCUCCGGUCGAUCCUCUUCUUGUCAUCUUCGAUGAUUAUAUCAAGUCUAGGCAGUGCACUGUGCCAAACACGAAAAUUUUGCAUGCCCAGUUGCUCAAAACGCGUCUUUUACAAACCCAAGUGGGCAUUGCGGAUUCUUUGAUGGACUGCUACUGUAAAUGUGGUGCCACGGGAUAUGCACUCAAUCUGUUUGAUACGGCUCCUCUGGAGUGUUUUUCUUGGAACAUUCUCAUUUCAGUUUUCAAUAAGAAAUCAUUAUUCUUGGAGUCGUGGAAACACUUUUGCAGGAUGCAUAAGUUGGGUUUUGAUGUUGAUGAGAUAACUUAUGGAAGUGUUAUCUCGGCUUGUACUGCAUUGCGAGCUUCCUGGAAUGGUAUGCAAGUCUAUUCUCUGGCAUUGAGGAAAGGUUUCCGUGCGAAUGGUUAUGUUCGAGCUGGGAUGAUUGAUUUGCUGGCGAAGAACCAUAGGUUUGACGAUGCUCUGAGGGUGUUUCGUGAUGUGUCGUGUGAGAAUGUGGUUUGUUGGAAUGCUAUAAUUGCAGGGGCAGUUAGGAAUGGAGAGAAUCAGAUUGCUUUGGAUCUUUUCCAGCAAUUGUGUCGUCAUGGCACUUUUCUGCCCAAUAGUUUCACUUUCCCUUGUGUCCUGACUGCCUGUGCUAUGCUUGAAGACCUUCAGACUGGAAAGAUGGUCCAAGGGUGGAUAAUCAAGUGUGGAAAUUAUGACGUGUACGUAAAUACUUCACUUUCUGAUUUAUAUGCCAAAUGCAAAGAUAUGGAAGGAGCUAUGAAGAUAUUUACUCGGAUGCGUUUCCGCAGUGUUGUUUCUUGGACUGCCAUGAUUUCGGGUUUUGUGCAGCUGGAUGAUUAUAUUUCUGCAGUCCUACUGUUCAAAGAAAUGAGAAGUUUGGGGGAGGAAAUAAACACCUUUACUAUUACUAGUUUACUUAGUUCUAGUGGCAGACGAGGAUUGACUAAAACUGCCACACAAUUCCAUGCGUUGAUCAUUAAAUGUGGAUUUGACCUGGACCCUGCGGUGGGGGCUUCAUUAUUCAAUAUGUAUUGCAAAGUUGGAGCUGUUGAUUCAUCCGAAUUAAUACUUGAAGAAAUGGAAAGGAUGAGAAAUCCCAAUAAUCAUGCAGUUAUGAUAUCUCUGCACGCACAGGCUAAUGAUGCUGAAAGGGCUGUAGAAUUGUUCGUGAGCAUGUUACGGGAAGGUGUGAGACCAGAUAAGUACUGUACUUCCAGUCUCUUAAGUGUUGUAAAUGCAUUAAGCUUGGGGAGACAGGUCCACUCUCAUGUUAUUAAAAGUGGCUUGGUCUUCGAUGUCUCGGUUGCUAGUUCACUUUUUACAAUGUGUUCUAAAUGUGAUAGUUUGGAAGAAUCAUAUGAAAUUUUUGGGCAAAUUUGUGAAAAAGACAAUGUCUCCUGGACAUCUAUGAUUGCUGGUUUUGCUAAAAAUAAUCUUCCAGAUGAAGCAGUUCGACUAUUCAGAAAUAUGCUGCUUGAGGGGAAUAGUCCUGAUCAAUCGACCUUUGUUGCAAUUUUAACCGCAAUCUGUUCACUAAACUCAGUACACAAAGGCAAGGAAGUUCAUGCCAAAGUUAUUCAAUUAGGAUUUGGUGAAGAGAUCACAGUUGGUGGUGCUCUUGUUAUGAUGUACUCCAGAUGUGGAUAUUUGAAAUUGGCAAGAAGGCUACUUGACUCAUUACCCUUGUGGGAUGACGUUGCAUGUUCAUCAAUGAUUUUGGGGUAUGCCCAGAAUGGGUACAUUGAGGAGGCAUUGUUGAUGUUUCACAAGAUGCUCAAGGCUAAUUUUGCUGUUGACUCCUUCAGUAUAUCAUCUGUUGUUCAGGCUGUUACUCUUACAAACAGAUUAGACAUAGGAACACAGCUGCAGUCUUAUGCAAUGAAAGUAGGAUUGGAUUCCAAUGUGGCUGUUGGUAGUUCACUAGUGGCAAUGUACUCCAAAUUUGGGAGCAUCAAUGAAUGUGUUAAAGCAUUUGAUCAGAUUGAUGCACCUGAUUUGAUUGGUUGGACAACAAUGAUCAUGAGUUAUGCCAGACAUGGAAUAGGUGAGGAGGCCUUGAAGCUCUUUGAGCUUAUGAAGAGAAAGAAGAUGAGACCUGAUCCAGUGACUUUUGUUGGGGUUCUCUCGGCUUGUAGCCACAGUGGUUUGGUUGAAGAAGGUUAUUUCCAUUUUGAUUCGAUGGUUAAGGAUUACAGUAUUGAGCCUAACUACCGCCACUAUGCCUGUAUGGUCGAUCUUCUUGGUCGCUCGGGGAGAAUUAAAGAGGCUGAAAGGUUCAUCAGCAACAUGCCAAUCAAACCUAAUGCUCUGGUUUGGGAGACACUGCUUGCUGCUUGUAAAUUACAUGGUGACAUUGAGCUCGGAAAACUAGCAGCAAAAAAGAUCACUGAGUGUGAGCCAUCUGAUGCUGGAGCUUAUAUUUCUUUGUCAAACAUCUACGCUGACUUGGGCCAGUGGGGAGAAGUCAUGAACAUUAGAAGCUCGAUGAAAGGAGCUAAAGUAAAGAAGGAACCUGGUUGGAGUGUUGUUUGAAUAAAAAUACUUUGAGACUUCAAUUGGGUGGAUGUCCAGAUCUUGUGCAACUUUUUGUGCCACUUUCAUGCGGUGAUCAAGGAUUUUACCUGAUAUAAUAUAAUUUGAGGAAGCAAACUAGGCAAAUAUAUGUUUGUUUCCAUUGCGUAUACAUGUGUCAAGAAGAGGAUCCGGAUUCUGGAUGCUACAUGUCAUAGCCCAUUCCUCGAACCUUCUCAGGCUGGCAAUCCUGACAACAGACAGAUUGGUGUAAUGGAACAAUGCAAUGAUGCUGGAUUUUAGAUGCUCGAUUCAGGCAUUAUCAAAUCAUGGUGUCGCCUGCAGAAACUUAGAACAGUGCGGCAUGUUGCUUUCCUGAAAGAAGCAUGGAAAGUGAAAAGCAGGACAUCAAACUUACCGACAUGACCACACUGGAUGUUCUUCCAUGCAAAAUCAAGUUUGGGCCAUGGGCAAAUACAGUGAUGAUAGACCAAAUGAUGGCGAAUCGGACUAAAUCAACUGGAUACAGGUUUCAGAGUAUCCAACGGAGAAAUCACAUAUGCGAAAGCGGGAAAGUAGAUUUAUUGACCAUGUGUUUGUAGAUGAUCCAAAGUAUUCAGCCCUUUAUCUAUCAGCCUACAUGGUAAUUAUUGGCCUUUAAAGUUUUGGGUGUGAAUCAACUACCACUACACGGAACCGUUUCUCAAUUUCAGAAAAGCUUCUCUUUGUUCUGAAAUGGAUCGCUUCAUUAAGAAGAAUAUGGUAGUGGCUGACAGGUCAUAAAGCGACAACUAAGAUCAGAGAUGGGAAUAUUCUUCAUACAUGUGGCGUAUCACGUUGAUUUGCUUUGUAAGGAUAGAACGGUACGGAUCUGUUAAAAGAGACAUUUAGCAUUCAUAGUAUCCACAAUGAAAGGUUUUCUUUCCACUUGUAUGUGAUAAAAGACAAAUUGAUGUCUUGUAAAGUUUUGUGCGACACAGGGAGGACUCCAAAACUUAGAAUGGAAA